AUGAAGAGAAAUGCUAAAAGUUACUUGUUAUCUUUUAGUGAUUUCUUUAAUUAUGCUAACAAUUAUAUUGCUCAAGCAAUUGAGGCUAACAAUUAUGGACGGUUAAGCUGGACCAUCAACAACUUUUCCAAGCUCCAUAUCAACAUCAACAAGCUCUAUUCAGAUAUUUUUAAUGUCGGAGGAUAUAAAUGGAGGAUACUAAUUUUCCCGAAAGGGGACAACGUUGAAUAUUUGUCGAUAUAUCUAGAAUUGGCUGAGUCCGAAACAUUUCUUCCUGGAUGGAGUAAAAGUGUCCAGUUUUAUUAUAGCUUAUCAGUUAUCAAUGAAAAUCCUCAACUAACUGUUAAAAAAGAAGCAAAGAAUGUGUUCUAUGCUAAUAACAAGGUUUGGGGUUUCCCUACAUUCAUUCCUUUAACCAAACUAAAUUACCCUUGCAAUGGUUUUCUUGUGAGCGACGUUUGCACGGUUGAAGCAGAGGUAAGGUUUUAUAUUGAAGAACUAGAUGACAAAAAGAAAUCUAAAGAAGCUAAUAAGAAGCCAACACACGUAAAAACUACGUCUACUUUAUCUGAAUAUGACACCUUGUUUGUUGGUAUUCAAAAUCUUUUGGAAGGAGAUACUUUUGAUUCAGACAAAUUCAUAAGCAGCUUUAGCUUAAGUUCUUCUUGCAGCGUUAGAGAAAUUGCCAAAGCAAAACAUACCUGGAAAGAAUACCUUGAGCUUGAUCUUGAUGAUAUCAUCCAGUUAGAGAAAUAUUUCAAGCUCAAGAAUUCAUUUUCAAUCUUGCUAAGUACCAAUUCCUUAGGUUAUAAGGAGCAGAAGGUGGAUGAGGUAACAGAGUUUAUGGCUAAUUUUGAUAGAAAUUGUGAGCAGUAUGAAAUUGCAAAAGAAGAGAUGAAAGAGGUCAAAGAGAAGGAAAAAUCAAUAGAUGAUCUUAAAACUUGUAUGAGGCAAAUAUGUUCGGAUUUCUUGCGAUUUAGAAAACAAGCUGAGGUUCAUGAUAAUGAAAUAGUCAAGCUGGAGAGGCAAUUAGCCGAAAGAAAGGCGAAUAAGGAAAGACAUAAAAAGAGGCUUGAAGAUAUGGCUAUUCGAGUGAGUUCUUUGAAACAAGCUUUGCUCACUACUGAAGAGGAUUAUGUGAAGCUGUCUGUGCCCAAGAAAGAACAAGCCAAGAAAGUCAUUGUUGACAUGAGAAACUCGUGGAAGAGUUUUAAGGAUGAGGGGUGUGCAGCUUCAGAGGUCAUACACCCAAAACUCACUGCUACUAAUUCUUCUUCUUCCUCUGGUAAAUCAAAACGUCAGCGUACGCAACCUCGGGCUUAUUCCAAUAAUCAACUUUAAACAGUUUUUUGAGAAAAAUAUUCCGAAAAUGUACAAGGAGAAUGGGAAGUGCAGCGGUAAGAAUAACCGGUGUUUUUGGAUCGACGGAGAAGAAUUCAUAAUGGCAGUGGCCAUGGCUGUGGUUGCAUAGUCGUCGAAUGAUGAUGAGAAUGGAGAGUCUACUAUAGCAUAGCUGCAUAGGUAGUUUUUAGAAUUUUUUUCUUUUGACCACGAGACAGUUAAGUUUUUUUUUUUGCUUGAUCGAGACGUCGAGACAGAUAUUUUAAUUUAUUUUCCUAUUUUGAAACCCAAUUUUAGAAUGAGUAAUUCAAGUUGUUUAAUUUCCAUUAAGUGGGAGAAUUCUAUUCAUAUUUGUUUCCAUUAAAGGGUGAUCGUAGAGUCUGUCUUUUAGCUGAUUAUGAAUAAAAAUUCUAUAUUUUCUUUUGAAGAAAAUGGUAGUAUUCUCAUUAGUACCUAUUAGGGCUCAAUAGUACGAUAUAUUAUGUCGUAUUAUAAUGUAUUGUAUUAUAUUUAAUUGAAAUAUAUAUUAUAUUUUUUAUAUAA